AGAGUUCUAUUAACUUUGCGUGCGCGCGUCAACUAUAUACUGGUUAUUUUACAUAUAUACCUACAUAUAUGUAACAGUUUUGUCGAACAGCUGAGUCUAAGUUCUUUAAUUUAAAAAAAAUCGUUGAAAAUGCCCAUCCCUUUCAAAAGUUAUGCAAAAUUUUUAACAAAUUCACAAAAUUAAGACUUUUUUUACACCAUAAGAAAGUACGUUCACCUAUUGUAAUAAACAUAUAAGGCUAUUACGAAAUUUUGAUAUCUUUUACUAUAUAUGAAAUGUAAUUUUUAUUAAUUGUUAGAGAUAUCUAUUGUAAGUACACUUAUUUUUUAUAUGCUAAUCUGAAUUUUUGAAUUUGGGACCAAUUCAACCAUCGCUUGAAGUUAAUACAUCUGGUAUAAGCAAUCGUGGCUAAUUUCACAUGAAAACACUUGAAUCAUACAGAGUGCAUAAUAAAUAUAUACAUAUAUAGUGCAUCCACAAGCAUAACCUAAAAUUAUAAACAAUGUGGAUGUAGCGAAUCUUUUUAGUUGACAAUGUUAGUCAUUUGGUUUGACUAUUUCUUUGCAAAAGUCACCUAUAAAAAAUAAUAGUUGUGCUAUUAUUAGAAAUACACGGAACAAAAUUUGCGCUUCGAAUUUGCAAUAUGUAGGAGAAUAUUUUACGAUAAGAAACCAAUUUUCUUAUUUUUGGUUCGGUUAUAGACAAUAAAGCCCAUUUUAACUUUCCUACUUAUUUAAAUGUUGUAUGAGAAAUAAAUGAUCGUCAACAAUGCCGGUCUUUCAAGAAUCAUGUGCAGAACAAAUACAAGCUCAAACUAUAAUCAUCAUCCAUCCUGGCUCCAAGAAUCUACGUAUGGGAAGAGCCUCUGACGUGAAUCCGAAUACAAUUUUAAAUGCAGUUGCUAGAAAACGCCGUCCAAAUGGGUUAUCCUAUCAGGACUCAUUCUUACCUCCUUUGGUUCCACGUACAAAAGAACUCACACAGGCAAUGGAAGAGUCUCGACUACAAGUUUCCCACACUCUUCAGUCCUGCCUACAGUCGGAUGGUAGAAGAAGAUAUGCUACACCCCCACAGCAGAUAGCAGCAUUUAAUCGUAGAUCGAACCCUGAAGUCUUGUCACCUAGUGUUAGUGAUUGGGUAAAAAGAGAAGAAGAUGCUAUUAUAGGAGAUGACAUCCUAACAUUGAAUCCCGAAGAUGGGUACAAUAUACAUUUUCCAUAUAAAAGAGGAGAGUUAAACAUACAUUCUGGUCCUGGAGGCAGCUUGCGUUCAGUCCUGGCUGACUUGAAAGCUAUCUGGGAAUAUGUUUUGACCAAAAAAAUGGAUAUACCCUUGCGUGAUUUGAAGCACUAUAGAGCAGUACUAAUAAUUCCAGACAUUUAUAACAGAUUAUAUUUGAAGGAAUUGACAACUCUACUCUUAUGUGACAUGGGUUUUGGAGGAUGUUUUUUGUUACAGGAUCACGUAGCCGCAACUUUUGGAGCAGGCUUGGGUUAUGCUUGUGUUGUAGAUGUAGGCGAAGAAAAGACGUCGGUAUCUUGCGUCGAGGACGGUAUAUCGCACAGGAACACACGAGUUCGCAUGGACUAUGGUGGUGGCGACAUUACACAGACUUUCUUCUGGUUAUUGCAAAAAUCAGCCUUUCCAUAUAAAAACUGCGACCCGGCGAAUCGCCUUGACGCUAUGCUGCUGGAUCAGCUUAAAAAGGACUUUUGCCAUGUUGACUUGAAUGUCUGUGGUUCGCAGGAGAAAACAUUUAGUGUAAAAAAGCCCAGGCAGCCGACCGAGAAUUAUACCAUACAGGUAGGAGAUGAGUGUCUAAUUGCUCCACUGAGCCUCUUUCAGCCAGAGCUUUUUAGAGUGACUGGAGCUCACAGUGUUCACAUUCAAAAACGUUCAAUGGGGGAUUCAGAAGAUCCCCAUGACGAGAACUAUCUGAGAGAGACAAGUCGAAGAGGUAUGAAGGAAAAUCUGGAGCAAACUCUAGAAAUGCAAGAGGAAACCGCGAUACCGGCUACCCCAGGUGAGGAAGAAGUAGUGGUUGACAACGUGGAUUCAGCUCCGAUUUCUCUGAACAAUCGGGAACUCGAUGCGCCAAGAGAUUUCGUUGUUGGCCCCCAGCAACUUCUUGGUCUGGAUCACGCCGUACUCCAGAGCAUUGAUAGAUGUCCUACGGACGACUUAAAACGUAAAAUGUACAGUUGUAUACUUGUUGUUGGUUCGGGAAUGAAGUUCCAAGGUAUAGGCAUGUGGCUUCAUAAUCGGAUAUCGCUUCAAAUACCGUACAUGUAUCGGGCAGAGCAAAUGGAUGUCAUAACUCUCCCAAAAGAAAUCGAUCCGGGCAUGACGUCUUGGAAAGGCGCGGCGAUUCUGAGUUGUUUAGAGUCCGCGCAGGAACUUUGGAUCGGUCGUCAGGAAUGGGAGCACGCUGGUGUUAGAGUUCUAAGAGAAAGGGCACCUUUUAUGUGGUGAUGAAUGCAGUUCAAAAGGUUUUAAAUGAAAUUGAUUUUUGUUCAAUUAAUUUAUAGUUGAAAAUGUAUAUUACAAAAUUUUUAUACAGAUUUCUGAUUAUAUUUCUUAUUAUUAAGAAUAUGUAUAUAAAUAAAUCUAUAAUCCAUUAUUAUUUUUAAUGGUAUCUACAAAAA